GAGAGGACGAGUAGUUCGAUCGACCUCGAUUGGCACGUUUCUCUCUGAUCUGGGACGUUCUAAUAUCUCUUCUGAGAUUAGUUUAAACGAAUUAAACAAAUCGGACAGUCCGAAGAAUUGUUCUCUUUCGAUAGAGAGGAUAUUUUUCAUUCCACAUUCCCGAUUGAGAUAUCGAUAUUUUGCAUGGGUGUGCACGAGACCAACAACAAGGGUCGUACCAAUGUCUCCAAGAAGAUGUCGAGGGAUCGAUCAGGCUCGGAUUAUUCGGAAAAUGCUAGCGAUGUAACAACGUGUAGCUGCAUGGCUAGUUCCGUCGAGAAAUGUUCCCUGCGUGGUUGCGGUGGCAACAUGUUUCAAGAACCUUUUUUUCUCCACCCACCUGGAUCGAGACCGAGAGAUGGGAUUUAUAUAAAUCCAAUGAGCGCAUACAUAAACGAGCCGCAGAAACCAAAGGACAUGGAAUCCUUUUAUUUGCACAGUCCUCACGAUCUCGUCUAUACCAGGAUUACGCAUCUGUUCAACGACGUUGAGAAACCACGGAACGGUGUCUUGGUAUCCAACGAACAACGUCACGUUGAGAGGAAAGACGAGACUUUAACUGUGAAAGUGGACGUGCACAUAAACAACGGUGGUAGCUUCGGUAAAACUCAUCCAGGGAACGGUCAUACAGGGAGACAAGAAAUCACCCGAGAAACCCCAUCGGAACAUGCUUACGAACAAAUUUGUUUGAGGCAAGAAGAAACAAGCAGCGUUGCUUCGUCCGGCAAUAAAAAGAUCAUCGAUAAUGCUUCGGAUAGUAGUCGAUCAAGGAAAACCAAUCGACGAUACAGCAGAUCCAGUAGUGCCAGUGAAUCUUCGAAUAUGAGCAGCGAGAUACAUUGCUUUUCAUCAACUACGUCAACACCAUCAUUGUCUCGUAACAGUAGCAACGAACGAAUCAACAAACCACCACCACCCACCACUACCAUCAAUACCAACAAGAUUAACGCGGAAGUAUUGCAUGAAAGGAAAGAGUCGUCCCCGACGAUCCAAGUGGAAAGUGAAAAGGAUAUAAGGCCAAGUAAUACUAGUGGACCCGGUUUCGCCAAGCCCCCGCCCCCGCCACCUCCCCCACCGCCAGACAGAGAGGACGUCGUAGUAUUAGUUGUGAAUUCAAAGCAAAAUGGUGAAAGCAAUAACGAGAAGAAGGAUAGUAAUAGUGACAAUGGCGAGGAGAACAAAACUGGAAACGCGACCAACAAGACCGACGUAUCCUGCGGCGAACAUCAACAGCCGGAAGUUCCUCCUGCCAGUCCACCCGCGGACGUCGAAGAAAUUAAAACGAUUCAGUCGUCUCACUUGAUAAACAGACAUAUGGUCUUACCGUUCAUACCACCAAAGUUUGCCAACGCGGCCGAUUCGGAUACAUUAUUGAAACCAUCGGAAUAUCUUAAAAGUAUUUGCAAAAACGUCUCGAAGAAUACCCUUUCCAAAGCAAGAUCUGUCGACAAUUUGGAUUGUCAGGGAAGGGAUACCGAAGAAGAAGAAGAAGAACGGCAACAACAGCAACAACAACAGCAACAGCAGCAACAAGAACAAAAGAACGAAAAAGAAAAAGAAUCUCCUCCAGGACCACCACCCCCUCCGUUAUCCCCAUUGCAAAAAUCUCGUGGUAUUCCAAACUGUAAUAAUACCAACGCAACUGCUAGUCCUUCCAACGAAUCUGAGAAUUCGAAAUCAGCUCAGCAACCAUUAGCUACCAUUAGUAUCCAAGAUCUCACGAGUAUUCAAUUGAGAAGAACUAAUACAAAAAUGAAUGCAACUAAAACGUUUUCCGCUCCGCCACCUCGUAGCGCAUCGAUGACAAAUGUCUCGGAACCGUUCUUCGUUCAGAAAACAGACCUGAUAGCUGAAUUAAAGAGAACAAAGGAUAUACCGGGCAUAAAAAAACUGAAAGUGGAACGAGCACAGGUUGAAAAGACUCAAGAACAAAAUUUAAUAUCCGAAAUUAGCAAGGCUUUCAAUGUGUCCAAAUUUGUUGACCAAAUACCAGAAAAGGAUAGCUCGGGGAACGUGAUACCAAUAUGGAAGAGGCAGAUGUUGGCGAGAAAGGCUGCUGAAAGAGCUAAAAAGGAAUUAGAAGAACAAAUAGCUAGGGAAAAUGAGGAAAGGAGACAGAAAGCGAUACCACCAUGGAAGAGACAGUUACUUGCUAAAAAAGACAACGAAGAUAAAAAGAGUAACAACAAUCACGUUCAAUCAAACGCAACGACCAUUCCAGCCGUAAAAAUAGAAAUUGCACCUAAGAGGGACGUUUCGCCAGCCACCGCCGGCUGCAACAAUCGAAAGGAGGAAAAGAACGAGAACAACACGGAUGAAAAGGGAAACGAUCCGAGGGAUGAGGAUUCCGAUGAUGGACAGAUAAUACCGUGGCGAGCUCAAUUGAGAAAAACGAACAGUAAACUGAAUAUUCUCGAUUAGCCGAUUUGUUCGACGAAAUACUAAACAGACCCGGGAUAUUACGCAGACCUGAUUCAUUUUAAUAUUACGAAUUGCUUUGCGAUUUCCUAUUUUUUUUUUGUUUUGUUUUUUUAUGUUAAAGAUUUGUGAUCGUUCGAUAACAUAAGGAUAAUUUCCUUCACCGACGUCAUUUCUUUAUCAGGGGUGCUCUCGAAUCUUGCAAGAUCGAUGCAGAGUGAUAAUCUUUAAUGAUAUUGUUACUAUUAUAAACCGAAUGAUGAAAGUUCGUAUGAUUGAAGCAUGAUAAUUAAAUAUUGAAGCAAAGUGGAACAUAUAUGUUUCGUUGUUGAAACGUAUUUUUAAAAGACACCGAAUGAAUGAAUCGAAUGAAAUUGCGUGUUUUAUCAAAUCGACUAGUUCAAUAGGAAGGUAUUUUGUAUUUACAUAGGGAACUUUUCUUCAACAAGGUGCGCGAUACGUCUAUGUAUAUAAAAAUAAGUCAAA